ACAGAACGACCCCACGUUGUGUAUUUCAACCCUAAUUAUUUUUCACACUUUAAUAUGACAUCGAGGCGAUUCAGCAGAAAAAAUCCAUUUUAUUAUGUGGACUUACAUCUUAAAGGCUUGACUUAUUUCGAUAACAAUAUAACUAUGCACAUGUACUUAUGCCAGGAUAUAGGCAAUGGAAAUUAUCGAAUCCUUUUUGAAAUCCAUCGCAGAUGGUGCAACUUCAUCAGUAUGGACAACAUGUUUGGAUCCACCAUGAGACAGGGGAGGCUGAAGAAGCCAUGUCCACAUCCGCCGGGUGAAUAUCAUAUGUACAACAUGAGUAUACCAGUAGAGAAUAUACCGAGAAGUUUGCCAUAUUUCAAAGGUCGCAUUUACGGCAACGUUACUCAUGUCGUAGAAAAAGACCCAAUAUUAUCAGCGUAUAUAGACAUGGAAAUGAAGGAGUACAAGCGACAAUAACGAAGAACGAAAACGAACAG